AGGCGGCCGGUAAACAUCCGAUCCGAGUCAAACCCCGGAGAAACCCUAGCAAGGCGCGGCGCAGCAUCCGUGGCGAACGAUGGCCGGGUACCGCAGCCGCAGCCCUAGCUACAGCCCUCAGCGCCGGCGGUACAGCCGGAGCCCGCCUCGGCGCAAGCGCUACGACGACCCUCGCGAUCGCUACCGCGGGGGUGGCGGCGGAGGAUUCAGAGCCCGACGAGGUUACGGCCGGCCGUCGGCGCCGUCCGGUCUCCUGAUCCGCAACAUCUCCCUCACAGCAAGGCCAGAAGAUCUUCGUGCUGCAUUUGAGAAAUUUGGCCCUGUAAAAGACGUCUACCUUCCAAGGAAUUUCCACACAAGGGAAUUACGUGGUUUUGGGUUUGUGAAAUUCCGCUACCCUGAGGAUGCUGCAGUGGCCAAGCAAGAAAUGAAUAAUCAAGUCAUUGGCGGUCGAGAGAUUUCAAUAGUUUAUGCUGAGGAGAAUAGGAAAACCCCACAAGAAAUGCGCACAAGAACAAGAACAAGUGGUAGGUACAUGGAUGGGAGCUACACAAGGCGGUCACUAUCAAGAUCCCCGCGGUCUCGUUACCACUCUUAUUCACCCUCACCUUCUCCAGUUAGGCGUGACUCAAGGGGCAGGGAUUGCCAUGACAAUUGUUCACCCAGGGAGGCAUACUCUCCUCAUCCUCGUGACAAUAGGCGCUACAGGUCAAAUGGUCUAUCUCCAAGCCUGGAUGGACGUGACCAUCCGGUAUCACCAUCCAAUAACGGACAUGGUCCACCAGUGGGCGGAAUGAGUCCAUCUAGAUCUAGGUCUCGCUCCUAAAGGAUUAGAGCUGUUCGUGGAGGUGGGAUCAUGAAAACUACGGGCAAUACCUUCAUUUCUGCAAUGUUUGCUAGAAUAGAUCAGUAGGUUUGUAGUAAGCAAAUGUUUUAUAUGACGGGAUGUUGUCGGGUAUACCCCGUUUCUUUGUGACACUGCUUUUACGCUUUUCAAACUGAUCCUGGUUAUCUUGUUGGUAUCAUUUAUGACAAUUUUGUUGGUUCUCACUUGAA